GUGGAACUGAUUACCUUUUUUUCUGUUGUUGUCCCAAUUAGUAAAGCCAGGAACUUGUUCAGGAGGGAACCUAUUGUUUUUGUUUGUCAUUUCUUUUCGUUUGUUUGUUUUUGUUUUUUCUUGCAAUCAGUCGCAACCUUGUUAAGGAUGACAUUUCCUCAAAAAAAAAAAAUAAGUGGGCUUGCUUUAUUCCUUGAGUUGGACGCAUGCUUGUAGAAUAUGUACGUAUAUAUUUCUUAAGAAAACGUUAGGCUUUAUUUUCUUAAAUUCAAUAAUCAAAUGUUGGUUUAAUUAUAUACUAUUCUUUAUGAAUCCAAGCAAACAUGUGCUUUUAAGGUUAUUGACGGGUCGGUCCAAAAUAUUGUCAAUUUGAACGUGUUUUCAGUUUUCUUGGUUAUUGCCUGUGGGUUUCUUGAGGAGCACUUGUAGCCAGACCUGGUAGGCACAACAUAGUAAGGCAUCACAAAUGCACGAUAUAUGUCGAAAUAUUAAAAAACACGCAUUUUCCUCUAAAACAGUCAGUAUUAAGUAGUGGUGCACUAGCGAAAUAAAUCCAACCUUUCAAUGAAGUGUCUUUUUGACCUAUAUAUAAGCCAAAUGGAUUCAAUUACGCCUUGCCUGCCUCAUCUUUGCAUUACUUUACCUCCACAGCCAUACCACCACAACCGCCCUUGGAGGAGGUGAAGAGUUCAAUCCAUGGCGAUGGCGAUUCCUAAAUUACUGAGAGUUUACCCCGGCUUCCUUGUUUACCUCGGUUUCCUUGUCAGUCACAAAAGACCGUUUCACCAGCAUCUUUUUGUAAAUUCAGAAAUUACUAACGACCCCUUGCCGUUGCCCUUGUCUUAGGAAAAUAAUAUGCAGAAGUAGUUCAGUUGCCCUUGCCAGUUCAAGGAGCUGCAUUCCGCCGCCUUUGAAAAAGGGCAUGAGUAGCCGAGUCCCUUUGUCUAGAUUUCUGCUCAUCCAGAAGGACUCUUGUAGAUUUACACGCUGCAGUUCACUCUUCUUCUCUCCUUCCUUUCCUUUUUAAUGCUUUAAGUCCUCAUCUCAAGUUGUCAUUGGCUGCAACCUUCGAUAGGGUACAGAAACUGCUAUGGGUUUCGAAAAAUGAUGUCAGUGAACUUGGUGAGCUGCACAUGCACAUGUUGGAUAUACAUCGAGCUUCAUGUACUCGGGGCAGAUCUGGCUGUGGUUGGGCCAGAAGUGAGAGGGUGUCUGGAGAAAAAUUAGGUUUAUACAAGCCUAUGAGCAGUAAAGAUGCCAGAUCUUGUGAAGAGAACUACUCUGCCUGGCCUGUUGGAGGCAACCAAUAAUCAGUCUGAGCCAGAGAAGUGUCUAAGCUUUUGGGCAUACCAAAUUUUCUUGGUGAGCAGAAGGUUAACAAUCUACUGGCGUAACUGCCUUUUCGAUACCUGUUCAUGCCAGUCUGAUAUUGUCCACAUUCGCUUCACGUUACGCAUGGAGAAUCCUCUCAAUCAGGACCAUACCGGAGCUUGAUCCUACUCUAGUUGUAGAACACCAAAUGGAAUCAUAGUAAAGGAAAAAGCAGAAAGCAUUUUGGAACUAACUAGAACGAUUGGUGUGCAAAUCGGUUGUGUUUCUACACCUAAAACGCUUUCGUCAAAAUCUGAUUUAGAAGAUUGGUGCAGUUGACGACCUAUCUACUUGAUCCUAAAUAACGAUAUUUUCUGUUCCACCUGACAAUCAAAGAACAAGCCAAUUACCAACUCCAUUUCUUCUGUGUGCAAGCGUGUUUCGGUAUAUAUAUAUAUAGAGAGAGAGAAAGAGAGAGAGAGAGAGAGAAGUUAAGAACGGGGUGUUGGGGUAGGUUACCCUCUUCAGAUUAAAUGUUUAUUCGUCCAUUAGAUGUGAGGGCUCUGGUUGGUGCAUCAAAGCUUUGGGUGUAAGAAUUUCAUUAUAAGAAGACAUACAGCCAUUCACAUAUUUCACAAACCCAAGUUCUAUUUGAACUCUGAAAAAGAUGAGAGUUGCGAAGCUGCUGUUUGCCGUCAUCCUAGCAGUUGCGCUAUUCCUGCACUCUGCAGAGGGAGGAAGGAGCCUGCUCAUGACUCCCCAUCAUAAGCAUGGCCGUCCACAUCCGCGCCAUUUUGACAAGCACCAACACCAUGGCCGUCGCUACAACCAUCCAUCGCCCCAUCAACCCCGCAAUUCCAAACACCAUCUUUCAGAUGAGGGAUGGGACCAGAGUAGUUCCUAUUGAUCCAAGUGGAUAGCAGAGGCAGAUGCCAUGGCUUGCUUCUUGUGUAGACAUGACAGUUUCCUCAUGAUUGAUUCUCGCCAGUGCAUCCAUGCUUGUAGCGCUUCGAUUGUUAAUCAGUAAUAAUAAUCGGAAACGAGAUCGGACCGUGGAGAUCAGACUACGCAAACGAAUUUUUAGAAUGACACUAUGGGUAUCAGUUUGAGCUUAGGAAUUGUUGUUGUCAUUUAGCUUUUCCAAGAAAUAUUUGUGCUUUGUGCUUUGAUCAAGUUCAGCUAGGCUUCUGUAACUGUAUUGAGUUUGGUACUGUCCGCUCGUGUUUUAUAUGAUGGUAGAAGUUGAAUGUUCGUUACAGAUAUAACUGUGGAGCUUGGUCCUUUGCACUUUUACCAUCAGAGACCCGUUCAAACGACCGGUCCAUCCAGUAUAUAUAUAUAUAUAUAUAUACACACAAGCUUAACGCUCUCUCUUCUCUCUGUCUCUGUUUCUUGGCCUUCUUGCUCAUCCUUGGCUCAGCCGUCGUUUCUUGGCCUUCUUGCUCAUUCUUGGCGGCGUUCAUCUUCGCCAUGAUCAACUAUGACAUACUCACGAGACACGUCUGGGAAGACAACUUCGACGAGGAGAUGAGCAUCAUCAGGAACAGCGUCGUCACCAACCACCCCGUCGUCUCUCUGGCAACCCGUUUUUCUUCCUGCGCCGACAGAGUCCCCACCGGGAUUCUCUGGGGAGACUCGGCCGCCAACUACUCGGUACUUCUCGAGACGAUGGAGAGGAUGGAAAAGUUGACGCAGGUGGGUCUAGCCUUCUCCGACCAGAAAGGGGAGCUGCCUUGCUGCAGCGAGACCGGGAGGCCCUGGGUGUGGGAGUUCAACCUUACACCGGCCGACGAAGCAGCCGAUCCCGAUAGGAAGGAGGGCCUUUCGAAGGGGUCAGGCGGCGGAGUCGGAACCAAGAAAGGGAUCAACCCUUGGCGCCUGGCCGCCGAUCUCUGGCGCUGCAACUUGCUCAUGAACGACAACGUCAUCUGGGUGGUGUUCAAAGGAGGAUUGGACUUCGUGGCGCUGCUCAGGUGGGCAAGACUCAGCGUUGAGGGCAUGCCUACUGAGCUCGACGAAUUCCUGAGGCUGCAGCGUCUCUACUUCCCGGUGUGCCACGACGUGGCGGCGGCAUUGGGGUUCCACUCCGUUCUCGGCGACGAUGGGACGAUCCACGUCUUGGCCCGCUCCUUGUGCGUGCGAAUGGAGGAGAUGCCUCCUAGCCGGCCGGCCUCCGACAGCCUGCUGGCCCUGUACCUCUUCACCACCAUGAAGCGUCUGCCCUUGGGCUUUUAUAUGCUGAAGCACAAGGUGAACGUGGUGUUUGGCCUCACCGCCGGAGAAGAAGCUGAUUACGCCCUUCCUACGCUUGGCAAUAUAUCUCUGGUUUGAUGCCUAGGCUCGUGUACAAGUGCCUUAUCCUGGCCCAUCGAUUUUGGUGCUUCUGCUAAUUCGCUUUCGAUUUCUUCAGAAGGACUUCCUUGAUAAUGGUGGUAGUGCGAUUUAUCGUUGUUUUUACGUGUUCAUACACAGCUUGUUCGUUUCUUUCUUGGUCGAAUUUAAAGCGUAGUUUGAGACCUUGCCUACUUUGCUUUCUGCAUUUCUCGUAUUAAAAGAUCUUGAAGACAAUUAUUUUCGCAACCUGAUUUAGCUGUACCUUUUCGGGAUCAUAUUGUCUCUCUAACUGGCCGGCCUCGCUAGCAGCCUUCUUUC